AUGGACAGAAGGAGGAAGCGGGGGGUCACUGGAAAAGCCCAGUGGGGAUCCCACCACCACCUCAGUGCCCUGUCCACUGCCAAGCUGACCGUUCCCCCCACUCGUCCACCCCUCCGUGGGGUGCUGUGGCCGAAGUCGCCUGCCAGCCACGGAGUCAUUAGUACGGUUUUCAAGGAACUUGAAAAUGAAAACACAAUGACAAAGUGGCAGUUUCUGUGCCAAGCGAACCUGAAAGGCCAACCUCAAGACGUCAUUACGCAAACAGAAGUGGUCCACGCUUUACCAGGUACUGACGUGACUCUGGUGUGCAACCUCCCAAAAGCACACAGCACUCACAUAAUACAGACACAGUGGUCCAAGACUGAUUACACCAGGAUAGCUGUUUAUCACCCCGCUUAUGGCACCCAUUACUUCACUUUUCCUGAGGCUUCUUACAACUUUUCGGUGUCCUUCAGCACAAGGAAGUGCUGCAGCUGGGAUGUUACAGAGGCUUUGUGUUCCCCCAAUCCAAACACCACGUCUGAAUGCAAUCAGUGGGCUCUGCAUCUGAAAAACGUUACCGUCUCCCUUGGCGGACAGUACGAGUGCAGUUUUGCUACUUACCCGUAUGGGACAAAGGCUGCGAAAAUUCAACUUAUUGUCAAGGCAGAAGAGGAGCAGCACUACGUGAAGGAAGUGCAGUUAAACCAGACUUUAGAAAUUCCAUGCCUUGAGGACACAACCUCAGAAAAUUUGUCCAAUUAUCCUUUGAAGUGGCUAGUGGGGGAAAAUGGCAGGAAAGAGGAACUUGUGACCAAGGAGCCCUCCUGCCCUGCAGUGUACAGGAACAGCAGCGCAAUGUAUGGGCAAAGAGUCCUCCUGGGUUUGAAUAAUGCUCUAAAGAUUUUCCCCACCGAAAUCACAGACGAUGGCAGGGUGUUUUCCUGCCAUGUGGUGUACCACCCGGAGAGAGUCCAGAAGAGCAGCACCACCGUGAGAGUAUUCG